GAAAAUACAAAUAUGGAAUAUAGUGCUCAUUUUUCCGGUAAUAAUAUGAGUAUCAACAAUCAAGGGCUUUAUGUGUAUCUUUUUCAUCUCGUCAUCUUAUGAUCAUCUUUACCAGAAGAGUAAUCUCCAGAAUUUCCCUAUCAACAAACCGUCCAUUUCAUGUACCUUCAAUCGUAAUCAAAACUCUCAGAACUCAUUUUUCUGUUGUAUCAGAGGAUGAAACUGAUUGGAAUCCAACCUUGUGUUAUCACAUUGAACAUCUUAAUCAAUUCUUGUUGUCAUCUAGGUCGAAUUGAUUAUGGGUUUUGUUUGUUUGGAGAGAUUUUGAAGAGAGGGUUUCAUCCUGAUAUUAUUAGUUUUACUUCUCUGAUCAAAGGUCUCUGUUUAGAAGGGAAGGUUCAGGGUGCGUUUCAACUGUUUGAUAAAAUGACCGAAUGUGGUAUUCAACCUGAUGGGGUUAUAUGUGGGACUGUAAUUACUGGGCUUUGUAGGAUUGGUGAAGUUGGUCCUGCUCUUGAAUUGCAUGGAAACAUGGACAAGUUGAAUAUAAAACGUAAUGGUGUUUCUUAUGGUGUUAUUAUAGAUACUCUAUGCAAAAGAGGGUCAGUGGAUCAGGCUUUGAAUGUUUUUUCAGAAAUGACGAAUGAUCCGAAAAUUGUCCCGAAUGUGACUGCUUAUAAUUCUUUGAUUAAUGGACUUUGCAAAACAGGUCGAUUACGCGAGGCUAUAGGAAUCUUUGAUUACAUGUCUGGUCGAGGAAUUUCUGUGGAUGCCUACACUUAUAGUUCUCUGAUUCAUGGUUUUUGCCAAUGUGGGCAGUGGAAAGAAGCAAAAAGAUAUUUUGAUGAUAUGGUGGAAAGAGGGAUCUCUCCUACAGUAGUUACAUAUAGUAUCCUAAUAAACUAUCUGUCAAAAGUAGGGAAGAUGGGAGAAGCUGGGGAGUUAUUCGAGGAGAUGAUUAAGCUAGGCAAGGAACCUAAUGUAAUUACUUAUAACUCGAUGAUAGAUGGUCUGUGUUUGACAGGUAGGUUAGAUGAGGCGCAAAGGUUGUUUGAUCCAAUGGUGGAUAAGGGCCUUAAACAUAAUGAACACAUUUUUUGUGUGUUGAUUAAAGGGUAUUGCAAGAACUUUAGGUUGGAUGAUGCUCUUGACCUCUUUAAGAAAAUGAAGCAAGAAGGAUUAAAACAAACACAAGUUACUUACACUACACUUGUGGAUGGACUAUGUCGGGGUGGGAGAGUUAAAGCUGCACGGAGCCUAUUGAUCGAGAUGCUAUCAAUUGGUGUUUAUGCAGACAUAGUUACAUAUGGUGCCAUGUUGGAUGGUCUUUUCAAGAAUGGACAUACUGAUGAGGCGAUAGAAUUGUUUCAGUCUAUAGAAGGUAAGGGGUUUAAAUUUAAUAUUCAGAUUUAUAAUAUAGUCAUUGAUGGGUUGUGCAAGGCUGCAAAAUUUGAAAGUGCAAGGGAACUAUUUUUCAAAAUCUCAAACAAAGGAUUAGCUCCUGACGUUGUAACAUAUAACAUAAUGAUCAAUGGAAUGUGCAAAGAAGGUUUGUUAUUUGAGGCCGAAAAUUUGCUGUUUGAAAUGGAAAAGAAUGGUUGCAGACCAGAUGCUAUUACGUUUAGUACUAUUGUUACGGGUUAUCUUGAAGGAGGAAAUGUUGAGAAAGCUACUGAGUUUCUUCAAAUAAUGCGGGAACGGAACUUUCACCACCCUGUUGACUAAUUCUCUAACACGAAUUCACUGUAAAACCUUCUUGUUUGUAUGAACGCUCUAUCAUAUUGUGAUCCAAAUUAUACUGUCUGGGAGUUGCUGUUCUCGUAGAAUUGGUGCAUAGAAUUCUUGUCGAGCUCUGCACCUGUCAGUUUCAGAGAACUGGUGAGUAAUACAAUAUGUGAUGUAUAUAGUGUUCAUCUGUGCAUUGUUCCACACCUUCAUCAAUUA